CUGUCACGUCGCAGGGAAGUGGGACAGGGGCAGUUCACACCUCAAUAGAAAAAGAUACUGCGAGUUUAAUCGCCUUCCCGUCGCCUCGUGGACGUGAUCGUGUUUACUUCUGAGUGAAGAGGAAGUCACGUGCGGCGGCGGCGCGGUCGGCCAUUAGCCCCGGCCACCUUAAGCUCGCUCCCGACGGACGGCGCGCCCCCGCGAGUGGUGUGAGAGAGGAGCCGUCGGCGGUGAGAUCAUGUGCGAGUCCACGCUCGGAGAAAGUAGGUUAGCAGGGUAGACUGAGAGGAAGAGAAUCACAGCGAGAGGCAGCGGGGGGGUCUCGACGAGCACCGUGGGACGAUUCCGUCAAGCAAAAAAAAGAAAAGACAAAAGUUGAGCCAAAUCCAUUCGCCACUGCGCCGAGACGGUGACGAUGCGACCCAAGGCGACUUCCUUCACUUUUUCUAUUCUGCUCGGACUUGACCGGGCGACCGAGGAGAAGACUUGCGGGUAGUAGUCGUUGUUGUUUAUCUUUCUUUCCUCUGCACACCUCCCUUCUCUCUGUCGGGCCGUGCUCUACGAGAGCUGUCUGCAGCCGGCACCAAGUUCCUGUCGCCGGGUCAGCCCCGGCUCCUCCAACCUGUCAGCCCCUCGAACCACAUGUAGCCGAGUCCUCUGCGCCCCCCUGCCCAGAGCAACGACGACGACAAAAUGAGGGCUCAGAUCGAGGUCAUCCCCUGUAAGAUCUGUGGGGACAAGUCCUCAGGAAUCCACUAUGGUGUCAUCACCUGCGAAGGCUGCAAGGGUUUCUUUCGCCGCAGCCAGCAGAACAAUGCCAUGUACUCGUGUUCCCGCCAGAGGAACUGCCUGAUCGACCGAACUAACCGUAACCGCUGCCAGCACUGCCGCCUACAGAAGUGUCUGGCUUUGGGCAUGAGCAGAGACGCUGUGAAGUUUGGUCGUAUGUCAAAGAAGCAGCGCGACAGCCUCUAUGCUGAAGUGCAGAAGCACCAGAAGUCCCAGGAGUGUGCGGGCUCCGGGAGUGAGGGCUCCACAGCGUUGUCCUUGCCCAGGGAGGACGGAGUCUGUGGAGGCAGUGGGGAGGACGGGGAAGAGGGCCUGAGUCGGUCCUACAGCUGCGGGGGCUCCAGCUCCACCCUCAGCGACCUGGACGACAUCGCAGCUCUGCCCGACCUGUUUGAUCUGCCGCUGACCCCCGAGGAGGCCAGCGAGUACUGCAGCCUGGAGCUGCUCGGCAGCACCGGGAACACCUCCAACUCAUCGUCGUCGUCUUCUUCCUCCUCGUCUUUGUCCAAUCAGAACUCCCCACAGCAGACCCUGCUGGACGGGGCAGACGGCAACGGGAUUCAGCUCCUGCAUACACACUCUCACACACAUCCGCUGCUGGGACACACACACGCACUGCUGGACCAUCUGCCUGAUGACUGCUCAAUAACAGACCUUGAACGCAUCACUCAGAGUAUCGUGAAGUCUCACUUGGAGACGUGUCAGUACAGCGCCGAAGACAUGAAGAGAUUCACCUGGGUACAAUACACACCCGAGGAAACCCGUGCUUUUCAGAACAAGUCAGCUGAGUGGAUGUGGCAGCAGUGUGCCCACCACAUCACCAACGCCAUCCAGUAUGUGGUGGAGUUUGCCAAACGCAUUGCUGGCUUCAUGGACCUCUGCCAGAAUGAUCAGAUUAUACUGCUGAAAGCAGGCUGUCUGGAGGUCCUGCUGAUACGUAUGUGCCGAGCGUUCAACGUCAACAACAGCACCAUAUUCUUCAACGGAAAGUUUGCACCGGCUCAGUUCUUCAAAGCACUUGGUUGUGAUGACCUGGUCAGUGCAGUGUUUGACCUUGGAAAAGGACUCUGUCGCCUACAGCUGUCUGAUGAAGAGAUGGCACUGUUGAGCGCUUCCGUCCUUUUAACCCCGGAUCGACCCUGGCUGACAGAAGGCCAAAAGGUUCAGAAACUCCAGGAGAGAGUCUACCUGGCUCUGCAGCACAGUCUACAGAAGAGCGGUGCUUCAGACGAAAAACUGGACAAGAUGAUGUCCAAGCUGCCCACAAUGAAGUCUAUCUGCAACCUCCACAUUGAUAAACUGGAGUUUUUCCGUUUGGUCCACCCAGAGACAGCCUACAAUUUCCCACCACUGUACCGGGAAGUUUUUGGCAGCGAGAUGUCUCUGCCGGACUCCACCAACAGCUAGACAGACAGAUAGAUAAUUAAGAGACAUGGAGAGAGUGUAUUAGGAGGUAGGGAAGCAAAAUGAGAGACAAAGAAGGAUAGACAUGUUGAAGCUCAACAACCAGCAGUUAAGAGACAAUCCAGGACUUGUAAUACUUUGUCUCCCAUGAUCCCAACAUAGUCCUCCACUUUCCCAGCAGGCAAAAGCACCUUACACUAAAGACCACACAUGCUUAUGGUCCUCUGCAUAUUGUAGCAUUAACAACAAGCGGAUGGGCAUCGUAAUAAUAACACAGCAGCCCACUUAGCAUGUAACGUCUCCAAGCUCUAGCACUUGUUUAAGAUCAGAUCCACUGUGGAUCACCAAAACAGUUAUGAAUGUACCUCAUUGAUAAGCACCAAUGCACAAGCCAGAACCCAACAACCGUGAAUGUAUGAUCCUGGCACUCUGAGACAGUUUCCUCACAUCGUGUUGGAAUGAAGUCAUAUUGAUCAGCAAGUCUCUCUAUUAUUACAGCUCUCAGUCAAUAUUUCUCUCUAUAAUCGAGUAUCUCACUAUGGUACACAUUUGUAUUCAUACAGACAAUAUAUGACCAUCACUUAGGGACCAAGAUCAUGAGUAAUUUUUUUCUGAUAUGAAACCAACACGGAUAUGAUAUGACUCGUGGCUUAGGCUGACCUCCCUCGUCAGCUGAGAACCAGUCUCUCACACAUUUAGACGGUGUUCGGUGCUGCCUUUUUGUAGGCUCUUGUAAUGCAAUGAGAAACCUCAGUCCCACACACCCCUUUCCUUGUAAAUGCCACUUAGAGACAGGACAAAAAGAAAUUAUCUUUAAUUUAUAUACACAUUUAUAAACAAAUAUUUUAAAUAAGAAUGUAAAUAGAUGACUAUAUUAGUAUAUGGAGAGAGUUAGAAUGUGCGUUCAGUUCAGAGAGAGAGGGAGAGAAGAGUGGAUGUUAAGAUGUAAAAGGAAGAAAAACAAGACGGAUGUGUGAGGAUGGCUGAUUUUUGGACUCAAAGCUUUUUCUGGAGUAUUUUUCCUCUCUUUUGACAGUACUCUCAGGUUUCCAUGGCAACAACCCCCUCUUGCCCUGACGGCAAACCAACUGGGUUAGGUGCGGUCAUCAGGCAAGCAACGGGGUGGACACUUGUUGCUGAUGCGACACAGCAGGGGAGGCAGUGUGCCCGAACAAAGGCAAAAGAAACCAAAAAACAUUGCCGUCGUCUUGUAUUUAAACUGAGAGCUUGCAGUUUGCACUGUGGCUGCCCCCCCUGCCUAAAGAGACAAGAGGACAAACAGGACACUACGGAGAAAGGAAAAAAAAGCAAGGCAAAAGAUGACUUCAUGAACUGUAAAAUAAAAGGGGACACACAGGGUCUGCCCCCUUAUUUCUAACCAGCAGUCAGAAAAGUAGGUGUAGUAUAAUAAUCUUUCACUCAUUAUGUUUCAGUUGGUUAAAGGCCACGGCAACGCUGGUCCAUGUAUCAUAAACCCUCCCUGCUGGUUGGAGAGACUGUAUUAUUUUGUACAUUUGCUGUUCCUUUCCUUUAGUCCGAAACCCAGCACUUGUCCGAAUACCAAGCACUUAUACUUUCCUCUUUCUCACUGGACACUAGUCUAAGGCCAGACAGAGCUACCAGCUUCCCCCCUGAGUUGGGCCUCAAUGCCAGUAAGACUCAACAGGUUUCAGUCCAUCGAAUUUAUUAUUUUGGUCUCUUAUUCCACACCUGUCACAUAAUGUCGCCCAUAACCGUUGAGGUUUUUCAUGUACAUAAGUAACACACUUUUUGAAGUAUGUUAUAGCAUUGAGAUAAUGAUAAUGUCUUACUUGGGUUGCUGUGAAGUUCUUGAGCAGAGUCCGAGGACCUGCUGUUUGCCGCUCAGGGAGCCAGCUGUAAUCUCUUGUCCCUUUAUUACAAGUGUCGUCUUUUAGCCUUGUACUCCUCACACCUUUGCACCUAAGAUGAGACCCAUAACCAUAAUCACUGUGGACGUAAGUUCAAUUUUUGUGAAUGUUACUCACAAAGUGUCAAAGCCCUUCCUGUUUGCCCUAAUAUUUUAACAUGAAAUUUAAGAAAGAGAAAUUUAAAAAAAAUAAAUAUGUAUCAGAGUUCAAAAUGAAUUUCAUUAUUGGGUUUAAUGUUUCUUUUGCUGUGAUUUUCAUUGAUUUGUCAGUCUUUUAUCCACCUUUUUCUUACGUGUCUCCACUUUUGUCUUGUAAAGUCUUCGACCUAUUUUUUUUAAAUUGGAGAAAGAUUAGGAAAGGUACAAACGAUAAAAGAAUAGUUUGUUUUCCUUCUCUUUCCCUGUAUGACAAAAUGUACCAGAGGUAUAUUACUAGUCCAAAAGUAACUGAGUCACACAGCUCGAUAUAUAUUGUUUUCCAAUGGGAUACCUUAUGUGGUUUUAAGAAUGUAAUAAAUUGUUUCUUUUUCUUUUGAAA